AUGUCUCAUGAGAGUGAAGCCGUCGCCAGUGUGACAAUAGAGCUCCUCGAAGCUCGUCUGGGCCGCCUUUCCUACCUCCUCACCGGCAACACUGACUGGACCGGCACACCCUCCACGCCCGAGAAACCCGCUUCGCUCGACGAGACAGUUUCGCGUGGACUUCUUCGACUUGGGCGAGAACUAGAGAAAUUAUGUCGCGCUGUGCCCGCCGUUCGUGACUUGGUUCAACUACACGACCGAUUUCCAGACCUCUUCAAUCCCACCGACCCCCGCGAGAUUCCAGAAGAUCUCAGUCCCCGUGCUCUGGCUUCGAUCGUUCUCUCUUACGCAACCGCCUUUCCGGAAACCGCGUCCCGUCUGACUUCUCUGAAUGACCUGCCCAUUCCGGACGCAGCCACGUCCGCCUCCCUGAUUGAGUUGCAGCCGCGGCUGGACCAGAUUGCGCAGACGCAGGAUGAACAGGCUAUGCAGUUGUCCGAGCUGCGUGUGCGCACGGCUCGGGUAUUGCAGCGAUGGUAUGAGGUUGGGGUUGUGGGAAGUGGUGAGUGUUGGGCGGAGUGGGAGGGGAGAUUGGAGAGUGUGGAGCGAGAGGUGAGGCGAAGGGAGGUGGUUCGUGCAAAGAGAGAAAAUGAGAUUUGA